AUAGAGUGCGGCGGCUGAAACAGUACAGCAGAAUAUGUACCCAAACCAACACCUGAAGCCAGAAAUAUCUUCAAAUUGAAAAUGAUGACGAGAGAAGAGUACAUGAUUUCCGGGGAUGAAGAACCUAAAGAGGAGAUUAUCUGCAGCACACGACUAUCACCCAAACCCAGACCAGACACCAGCUUUCAGAAGAUCUGCAAACACCAACUGGGACUCAACCUCCGCUACUGCUCUAAGUUUCUACGGGAAGGCUGCGGCAACGGGGGACUCGGGACCAGC